GAGUAAUAGGAACGUGCCCGCAUCUUCUAUGAUGCGCAAAAUAAGUACUCCUUGUUCCACCACUGCCAUUCUCGAUAGAUCCCAUUUUCAACUUUUCAGUUCCUUCGGUGAGAUGAUGUGGAUGAACAGCGUUGAGUUGUCGUUUGUCACAUGAGUGGAAUUCACGAUCGAACUUGAGACUCAGAUCUUCAAGUUUCGUGCGUUUGCCGAUUCUUUUGGACGGACUGGAAACUACCGCUGCUCGCCAAUCGCCUCUUCGUUCGCUGAAACGUCACCAUGGGUAGCGAAUCUGGUAUCACUGCUUCCACGAAGGCAGAACCACGUCUCGAUGCGGCCGCCGUAUUCUACGUUUCUUUCGGCCUGGCAUGGACCAUCAUACUUUUUGGUGCUAUGUUUUAUCUAUGGAGGAAACGACACCUGCCCUCCCUUGCCAUCCGUGGCCUUCCCCUCACCUUUGCUUCUGUCAUCUGCCUUCAUCUCUACUGGAUGCUGGUGCAAGUGUGCAUUGUGAUCGGUCCCAUCGAGCCAGAAGUUGGCGAGUAUUGGGUCAUGGGCACAUGGCUUCCGUGGGGGAUCUCACUCUUCUACGCCGCGAAUGCGCAACUGCUUCAUGUUGCCAAAGUGCAGAAGCGGUUUGCACAUAAUCAGAACGUUAGCGAGAGCACCAUCAUGGAAGAAAGCACGAAUAAAUCACAGAGGUCCAAAUCAUGGUGGAGGACACGCUAUCAGCGAUUCAUGCAAAAGAGCUACGCUUCUCGCGUGUGGAUACUGACAUCCAUCGCAAUGAUUGUCCAAUUUCUCCUCACUCUACUGAUGUACCUGAUUUCCCGCAAGUAUCACGCCAGCUGGGGAAUUCCUGGUACCGAAGUCCACGGAACAGCGAUGGAACGGAAGGUUGAGCAAGGCCGAGGUUGGGAAUGGUGGCCUGGCGUAGCCGUGCAAGUCUUUUGGUCAUGGGUUGUUGCACCCGUCGUGCUUUGGCGUUCGCGUCAUAUCCGUGACACGCACGGAUGGCGUCUCCAGACGAUUGCAUGCUGUGUGUCAGGUAUGCCUGCGACGCCGAUGUGGUUGAUUGCCCUCAAUGUACCAGGUAUGGAGCCAUGCAACCACUAUUUCAUUCCUCCCCAAUGGAUUGCACUCUCUAUCUGGUUCAUUGAGAUUUUCACCGUCUUCGUGCCGGUAUGGGAAGUGAAGAAGCACCAAGGGUUACAGGAAGAGACGCUCGAUGCAAUCGCGCAAUGGGAGUCCAAAGGUCAAAAGAACGUCUCUCUAUCCGAGUUCUCGGGCUCCACUGACGUGGUGUCUCCCAUGUCAGACAGCUUCAAGAAGGCGCCUUCCUGCGAAAUAGCCUUGGACGAUCUCUUCCGCAAGUCCAACGAGAGCUCGCCGGAGAGCCUGUACACGAUGACGGCGCUGAACCGCACGCUCGCCCAUGACCCAGAGCCACUCCGCAUCUUCUCUGCCCUUCGUGACUUCUCGGGAGAAAACAUCGCCUUUCUCACCUCCGUCGCUUCGUGGGAUGCGUUGUGGUCCUCUCACCCUUCUGUCGGGUCUUCAAACUCCGGUAAUGGGGCCGUCAUAGCCGAUGACCUCUUCCGCCGGACCAUGUUUAAGCACGCCGUCUGCAUAUACGCGCGCUUCGUCAGCCAAGCUCACGCCGACGUUCCGGUCAACAUUGUCGGCGGCCACCGUGAGCGCUUGGAUCAAGUGUUUGGCCCCGCUGCGCAGGUGCUGUUCGGUGAGGGCAGAGGCGAAAGCUACAGCGACAUGCCGUUCGAGUAUUUGUUCGGCUCUCCGGCAGAGAAACAGGCGGUUCACGUAAGUUCAAAGGUCAACGACGUGGUAGCACAACGUGUGCAGUGGUGGGGUGACAUCCCCGACGAGUUUGACGCCAACGUGUUUCGCGAUGCCGAGCGCAGCGUAAAGUACCUCGUCCUUACCAACACGUGGCCUAAGUAUGUAAAGGAGAUGAUAGAGCUACGCCGCAAAGAGUCAAAGCCGAUCAGACAGCAGAGGCGAGGUUGGUGGUUUAGGAGAUGAUGCCUUGUAACUCUUGCGCGCCUCAUACGAUUCAGAAGCGCCGUUCUGAUGCUUUGCUAUUGCACCAACAAGUUCGCAGUUUCUCCCACUUUGCGAUGCGUGAUAUUCUAGGUUUACAUCGGUGCAUAUGCAGAUGAUGACAAUAUACCCCAGUAUGCUAGGUCUGAAUGAGGUUCAUACAAUUUCAUUACAGCAGGACUGCCUGAAGCAUGUCUAA